GCAUUACUGGUGGUAUUUCAAUUAAGCUACUGGGAUCUCAAUAUCUGCAGAAAAUAUUGAUUCUCAUUUUAAUUGUGAACUCUUACUGAAUAUGGAAUACUCGUCUCCACUUGAUGAAGAAUCAGAGAACACAACCUCCAACACUUUGAAUAUCACUGACAUUGCAACUGCAAAUAGCAUUGAACAUUUGGGUACAAAUCCCGAUCAUUGGUUGCAGGCUUUACAAAAUCUUGAACAAACGGAAGAUGUGGCAAGAAAACGAAAAAUAUUGAAGCACUUCUUUGUUAAGUCAGGCAAAGUUUUAGACCCGAUUACCCUGCGGAACAAUCGUAACUAUGCAGUGCUUCUUGGAAAAGAAGCUCUUUUCCGGGCCGAACUCGAUGUAGAAGAUGCACGUAGCAUGUUUGAAAUGGCUCUCACACUUUGCCAGAAAUCUUCUGUUCUUUAUUUAAUGUUUGCCCAAUUCGAAUUGGAUCAGGGCCGCAAAAACAAAGCUUUAAAAAUACUCCAUCAUGGUGGAGUUUGCAUCGGUGAUUCACCUGAAAUCACCACAGCAAAAUUGAAAGUACAACAAGGCUGUAUGAAAAUAGAUGACAUAUUGAAGUUGCAAAGCAGCUCAUCACCAAUGUUGAAUAUAACUAGUGGCACAAUAAAAGAAACCCAAUCCGAAGCUACCGUUUCGCAUACUAAAAAGUUACCUGUUCAACCAGAAUGUGUACUUUUGAAUGAAGGUUCAACUGAGAGUUUGUCACGCAUUCCUAACUCUUCCUUGAAAGUUGAGGAUCUUUAUGUUACAAAGUCUCACAAACCAAUUUCUCCUCUUCCUAAUGAGCUUCGUCCACAAGAAUUGGAGGUAAACACAGCAUCUACAGCAGCAUCACAAAUUGAAAAGAAAUGUUUUCAAACACCACCUCCAUCCAAAAUUGACAACAACUUCAGUUUAAGUCUAGAUUUCCAAUCGCCUGUUUUCAAGGACACAAGUUUAACCUUGAUAAAGAAGGGGAUUCCUCUAUCAGGUCUAGUUAGAGACAACUGCACAAGUAGUUCAUCAGUCGGUUCUGGUAGAGAUAUGUUGAACAAAACUACACCUGGUAUCAGACGGGAAAAUUUACAGACUCUCACUCAAGAAAACUCUUUAAAACUGCCUACGUCAACAUGUAUGAUAUGGAGUGAGAAAAAGCAUUCAUUGGUUUCUACAGGGAAACUGAAAGAUUUUCAGACUAAUUUUCCUACUAAGAAAGCAUAUCGAACACAACUACCAAUGAGGAUUCCACGAAGAGUUUUAAUACAGAAUGAAAGCUCUAAUUUGGGUUCUGCGGAAAGUUUAGAUCUUGCGGACGUUAAGCCGCUUGAAAAAUCACCCAUGAGAGUGAGGACUGAGAAUCUGGUUGAAUCAUUAUCUUGUGCAAGUACACAGAGCACAACAUUAAACAACACAAACCAAAUGAAUGAUAAAGAAAAUAUUAUGCCAAGACGAUCUGGGGAUAAUGCUAUUUCACAGAGUGCUGUUUCUGAAAAACUUUCUCACUCAAGUGCUUUUCACCCACACAGUAAUGAUAAAGCGAGCGGUUCGCCAGUACAACCACAAAGUACGGAUAAGCCAUCACCUCAGAGUAAUUGUGAUAAUCGAAAACAAUGUUAUCUGGAUGAGAAACAAAAUACUGACAAUCUAUCACCACAAAGUAAUUGUGGUGAUAUGGGACAAAAUUAUUCAUAUGAUAAACAGUUUGCUUAUAAUGGUAGUAACCAUUUGUCAAAAUCCACAAAUAAUAUAUGUACAGAGUCUCGUCCUACUAUUUCAAGUGGCAACAGACAUGAUGUACAUCAUAUGAACCAUAAUGUUCGUCAUUCCAACUAUCAUUCAAAGCAGAUAUUAUCAAGUGAAAAAUUUGAAAACUUUUCAAUUCAACCUAUCAUGGAACAUCCAGUGCAUCAAGAUUCAACAUGGAUUCAUCCAGCUCACAGAAUAAUGCAAGAAAAGAAAAUAUUGGAAAUUAAUGGAAAACCUUAUAUUUUACUAAAACUUUUGGGUAAGGGUGGAUCUAGUAAAGUCUAUCAAGUUCUUGACCCUGUGACAUGUGAAAUAUCUGCUGUAAAACAAGUCAACUUGAUUGGAUGUGAACCUUGCGUUCUUAAAGGUUACAAAAAUGAAAUAGAAUUUUUAAAAACAUUGCAAGGAAAUCGACACAUCAUUAGUUUACUUGAUUACGAAAUUCGUGAAAAACAUCUUUAUCUUGUAAUGGAGUGUGGAUCUCUUGACUUGUCUGCAUUCUUGAAAAAACAAAAGGCAGAUCAUGUACAUUUAGAUGUUAUUCAGAUAUUGGCAUUUUGGAAAAACAUGCUUGCAGCUGUAGAAACAAUACAUAAACAUGGCAUUAUCCAUCUUGAUCUCAAACCAGCAAAUUUUAUGCUUGUAAAUUACACUCUGAAAUUGAUUGACUUCGGAAUUGCAAACGCAAUACAGGUUGAUGCCACCAGUGUUAUCAAAGAUACACAAUUUGGAACUAUAAAUUACAUGGCACCAGAAACAAUUAAAGACAUGUCAAAUGGCACUUCCUCUCAUGCUCCUAUGUUUCGUGUAGGUCCAAAAGCAGACGUUUGGUCCUUAGGCUGUAUACUUUAUUGCAUAAUGUAUGGAAAGACUCCAUUUCAACACAUUCAUCAUCACGUGAAGUUAUUUGCUAUUACUAAUGAGGAUCACAACAUAGAAUUUCCUGAUUUUCCACAAAAUCAGCUGAUUGAUAUUGUAAAAUCAUGUUUAACGAGAGAUACGAAAAAGAGGCCUUCUGUUGAAUUUCUAUUGAAGCAUCCAUUGCUGAACUGAUUAUAUUCUCUGAAAGAGUCCAAACGGUGAUCUUUUUCAAUCGAUCCAUGGUAUAUUAAUCCCUGCUUUUUUUCUAUAUCGCACAUGAUUGUAUUCCAAACAUCAACAAUAUUUUAUUUCAGAGAUCUUCAUGAUUCAUCAGAUCAAGAGAUAAUUGAAAAGUUAAAAAAUUUACAUACUUAAUUGACUGAAAUUAUUUACAUAAAUAGUAUGUGUCUACACUAUAUAUUAUCAGUUCUCUCUUUUAAUAAGUCCUCAUUAUAAGCAUGUGUUUUUUGGGC